AUGCCCAAGAAUAAAGGUAAGGGAGGUAAGAACAGGCGACGUGGUAAGAACGAAAACGAAUCUGAGAAAAGAGAACUGGUGUUUAAGGAAGACGGACAAGAGUAUGCCCAGGUGAUCAAGAUGUUGGGAAAUGGGCGUUUGGAGGCGAUGUGUUUUGAUGGUGUGAAGAGGUUAUGUCACAUUAGAGGGAAAUUAAGAAAAAAGGAUAACAAGGCUGAUGUCAUCCUCAAAUACAAUGCAGACGAAGCCAGAAGCUUAAAAGCGUAUGGGGAGCUUCCAGAGCAUGCUAAAAUUAAUGAGACUGACACAUUUGGACCUGGUGAUGAUGAUGAAAUCCAGUUUGACGAUAUUGGCGACGAUGAUGAAGACAUUGAUGACAUCUAA